UACGAUCACAGACUGGCUUGAAAUCGAGGCAUCUAAUGGAACUACCACAGUCAAGAAAAAGAUAGACAGAGAGUUAAGCCACGGAGGUGUGAGAUCCGGAAGAACCCUGAAGGGUCGUGAUCAUAACUCGGUAACUUUCCACCUUUCGGGGCUCGCUCGWCCGCUGGUCGGGGUAAGAAACAGCAUUCAAAGAGAUCAACAGACAAAAGAAAGAAGCGGAAGAUUCAAAAUGAYGAGCGUAAUCUGAAAGUAGCACAAAAAUAGAGGAUGGAAGCACAUUUUGCCGGCUUCCUUUUAUUGUGUCUUUAGAAAAGACAUCUAUAUUAGCACUUAGAAUAUAAAUGACAUUAAAUAACAUUAACGCUAAUUAUUGAUUUUUAUAAUAUCGUAAAAUUUUAGACAUAACAUACGACGUACGACCCUUUCUGACAUUAAUUACUAAGAUUUAUAAUGAAAUAUGACGUACGACCCUUUCUGACAUUAAUUAAGGAAAGAGAAAAAUACAGAAAAACCCUUAUAUCUGAGUAAAAUAUCUUGUAAUCCAUUUUGUCUACGGUAUUGACGGUUAACGUUUUUGACGUUUGACAAAUAAGAAAAACAGCGAUUUGACUGUUCACGGCUAACAUUUUGUCUACGCUAAGUGACUCCUCCCUACCAACCUCCCUUCCCCCCCUGGAGUUCAUUCAUGGAAUUUUGCUGCUCAUUUUCAGGCGAUGUUAUCAAUUAAAAACUUUCACGUAUAUGCUACUAAUACUGCUAGCGAAAAGGGCCAGUUGAGAGUAAUCCUGCAAUUUAUCGACGUUAAUAAUAAACCACCAAUAAUGACCAACAUACCUAAAACAAUAAACAUCACAGAGAUUACGGCCGUAGACACUGAGCUUUAUACUGUUUUGUAUGAAGAUAAGGACGACCAGAUAAACCAACAAACUGAAGUUUUUUUACAUGGUGGAAACGAGGAUCGUGUAUUCCGUAUGGUGAAUAGCGAAGUUUACCUCAACAAGUCAUUGGAUUACGACAAUGGUAAAAGACAAUAUGUACUGAACAUAACAGCUAAAGGUACACAAGUUGUACAGGUGGAUGCUUAUGACUUAGACAACCUUGGUGAAAGGGCUGAAUACAGAAUUUUUCCAGAUUCCAACAAAGGCAACCUAUAUUCAAUUGAUAGCAGCACAGGACAGAUCUCAGUCAAUGGACAACUUGAACUUGGAAGUCAAACACUUGUCGUUACGGCGAASUCCAAGAAGCAUGGAGCAGUUAUUACAUUCGUUACUAUCACCAUGGUUGCUGUUCGAAAUCUAAAAUUUGAUGCAAGUGUUUCGGAGGGAUCGCAGAACGUGGUUGUGAUGGACUUAUCGACUAUCGAAGCCAGCUUUAAUGUGUCAGGAGCCUCAUUCUCCAUUCAAUCUGGUAACACUGGAAAUCAUUUUGUGCUUACUGCAACAGAACUGAUAGUUGCUUCAGUGGCUCUGGAUCGAGAAGCUAUUCCAAACUACUSGAUUGUAGUCAAACUAACAAAGAAUACCACUGUUUUAGGAUUGGCUACGAUCAAUAUAAGCGUGGGAGACGUAAACGAUAACUCACCCCACUUUGAGCCUUCGUCCUACAACGUCAGUGUGAACGAAGACUUACCUGUUGGUAGUAAUGUGGUUAAGGUUACAGCGAAUGAUCCUGACUACGGUCUUAAUGGCACUGUUAAAUACGCCAUAACCGGGUUUCAAGGUAUAUUUUUCAUUCAUGAAUGUACCGGGCAGGUAAUCCUGCUAAAAAGUUUGGAUCACGAGAAAGUAAAGAGUUACGUGUUAUUGGUGCAAGCCUUCGAUUAUGGAACACCACCAAGAACCAACUCUACCAACGUUACUAUCAAUAUCMUGGAUAUCAAUUACAACUCAUCGGUGGUCUCACCAACUAUUGAGGGGACACCAUCUUUGAAUCCUGAACUCGAGACUGAUACAGGCUCUUUGGAAGUUGGUAUAUUGGCUGCAUUCUUAGCAGUUUCGCUUCUGAUCAACAUCCUGAUUGUAGUUUUCAUCGCAGUCUGGAAACUUAGGACUAACAAACAAAAUAAUGUCAAGAAUGAAGAUGCCCCAGUUUACUAUAAUGCAGAUGCCCUGGAAAUGGUAUCSUCGUCUUCAACAAUGAAUCAACAAAUUAGUUCAAAUCCUGGUCAAGAAUAUCAAGAAAGACGAGAAAGUACAGGGAACAGUAACCAAAAUCAGGAUCAUUACCAGCAACUCAACCCUGACACCCUACAAAGCAAUACAGAUGCCGCACCAACAUACGAAACACUAAAUGGUGUCAGGAUUGGUGAACGUAAUGAUCAGCACACUUAUCAAUCGCUGCUUAAUCAGCCCAGGUUUUACCAGAGCCUGCAAAGUUAUGCUAACGUAGACACUGCGUGACUUGGAUAAAAUAGCCAAGAAAAAAAACAAUAGUAAAAAUGAUUUAAAACUGUUCAAUUAAUUAAUAGACGAAAUUUUUUGCUUUUAAUUUUUUUUCCUUUCUGUAAUUUAUGUGUAACACAGCCGUAAACAAAGUUUUGUUUGCUCCUUCUCCUUUCAUAAUAUGUCUUUUAUUACAAGUAUUCUCAUCUUUGAACGACAUAUUUUAGUCAUGAUGCAUCGUAAUAAAUCGAUCGAAGACCGUUGGAGGAAAGGGCUUCAACUUUCCGAUACAUUGCAAUAAAUAUGGUUCAUCAUGAUAGAAUGUUCAUUGCAUGGCCAAAUCGGUAUUUAUUAUUCACCAUUAGAGUGUUUGUGAACAAUAAGAAAAAAAAGGCGCUUAAAAAGCGCAUGUGGUUACUCCAAAAACUGUUGUUAUGAAUAUUUUAAGAUUUUAAUAUUGUGCUGUGUGCAGGGAUGAAUAUUUAAGUAAUUUAAGUUGACGAUCUGAUUUGGGAAUUGCUGCAAAUAUGUUGGUGUCAUGGCAGACAGGUUUAAAGUCUUGGGACGGGUGACAGUUAACUGAUGACAUGUUACCUACUAAWAUUACAAUCGUUUAAAGACGGGAGAAAGUAGAGUGUGCUCGCACUUAAAGCGUGAAACAAAUAGUACUAAUUACUACUAAAUAGCGUUGAUUAUAGGAAACAAAGAAAUUUGUAGUCAGUUUCAAUGUUGCACUGUUACAAUUUUGGUGUUGGUAUUGAAUUUAAUGGUUCAAGGUCCAAUACCUUGUCUGGCAAACAAUCAUGUCUUCAAUAAUUCUAUUAAGGAGUUACUGAAUAAAGUGACAAUGACAUCUGGGAUGCACUAAUAGUAUCAUGGACUAACAUUUUUUUUGUUUUUUUUUUGCACAAUAGGAAUGAGCCUAUUUUUUUCUACUGUGAAAAUCUUGCAUGUAAUAGUUGUAUGUGCUUGAUGUGUUCCUGAUAGCUGUUCAAAGGGUCAUUUUCCUCAAUUGCAGAGCCAUUCUUGGUAGUAUUAAUACAUACACCUGAAAAAUUAAGGAAACAGUUAUUAAUUUAUGAAAGUUAUCAGAAAUAUGAAUCAGUGAGGGUAGAGUGCUUAUGUCCAUCAGAGUAGAAUAACUUGUAUCAAUAAAGUAGUUUCAAUUUAA